GUCGGAUGGUAUGUUGCGUCGUUCCCCGUGCGGUCACACUGUCCUCAAAAACUACGGUCGUGCGUCAACGUUAGCGAAAAAUGCAAAAUUAAAUAUGUUUUCCACUGCAUACAGAAAAAUAAACAAAUACAAGAAGCAUAAAGUAUGCAGAAAAUUAAAUACAAAAGGAGCCACUAAGUGUUUCGUGUGAAAUCAAUUUGAGAGCGUUCGUCGUCGUCGUACAUACUUUUCCGUUUCAAUUACACUACAAUGAAUAUUUGUUGAAACUUCGUUGCAUUUACAGACUGGUGUUUAAAAACAACAACAACAACAAGAAACGACAACAAAAUAUUACAACAGCAGCCCUCACACACACGGAAAACAAGAAAGAAAAAAUAUCUACAUAUAUAAAUAGUAUCAUAUUUACAUUAAAAAGGAAGCCGAACAGACGUAAACGUAACUUUUAUAUUACAAAGCACCAGUAAAAAUAAAAAUAAUUAACCAACUACACACGUUCCUUAAAAACAAACGUUUUCCAAACCGCAAACCAACUAAAAACGAAAUGCUUUUGAAAUUAGUUUAAGCUAACUAAAAUUUAAACGCAAAACCAACAAACAAACCGCAAGAAAUCCGCGUGAUUAAAUUUAACAAAAGAAAAUAUAAAAACAGACCGAAAAUCGGCAGGGAACCAAAUAAACACGGAAGAACUAAGAUCUGCGUAUAAAAAUUACAUGUUUUUUGUAUAAAAUAGUGCUAGCAAAAACCAAACGAGAGGAUAACCGGAACAUCUUUUUGGAGAAUCUCGUCUAAAUACGUUAAAUAUUGUCUCCGUUAAAUUAAUAUAUGUUCUUGGAUCGUUCGAUGUGUUCUUCGUUCACGUGUAUCCAUCACUCUCAGCCUCCGAGUCACCGAAAUCUGGUCAAGGACUUAGCGUAGACCUCUGUAACUAGCAAUAGCAUUAGAGCCAAAGAGAGCCUGGAUCGUCAACGCUGGAGGAUAACUGCAGAGCGAGCAACGCCGAAGUACAAAUGCAUCAAUCGAAACUGAAACUGAAACCGAAUCUGAAUCUGUAACUUGAAGAGGACACGUUAAGGUCAGCGCCCGUCACACAACCAACUAGUUAGCUGACAGCGGGUUAGAGAAGGAAGUCAAGGAGACUAGGAGACCAGGAGACCAUCCCACCAUCCAAACAGCAUACAUUUUUUCUAAGCGGAACGGCGGGUCGAGCGUAGUGGCAGCAGCACGCGAAAGCGUCCACAAAUCUAGUUAGCAUGGAGUGCUGUUUAUCGGAGGAGGCCAAGGAACAAAAGCGCAUCAAUCAGGAAAUCGAGAAGCAGUUGCGCCGAGACAAGAGAGAUGCGCGCCGCGAGCUUAAACUGUUGCUGCUGGGCACUGGCGAGUCCGGCAAGUCGACGUUCAUCAAACAGAUGCGUAUUAUCCACGGCAGUGGCUACUCGGACGAGGACAAGCGUGGGUACAUCAAACUGGUAUUCCAGAACAUAUUCAUGGCCAUGCAGUCAAUGAUCAAGGCCAUGGACAUGCUGAAGAUUUCCUAUGGCCAGGGAGAGCAUAGCGAACUGGCCGACCUGGUGAUGAGCAUCGAUUACGAGACCGUUACCACGUUCGAGGAUCCAUACUUGAAUGCCAUCAAAACGCUAUGGGACGAUGCUGGCAUUCAGGAGUGCUACGAUCGUCGUAGGGAAUAUCAGCUGACUGAUUCAGCCAAAUACUAUUUGAGCGACUUAGCUCGAAUUGAACAGGCUGAUUACUUGCCAACCGAGCAGGAUAUUCUGCGUGCCCGAGUGCCGACAACUGGCAUUCUUGAGUAUCCAUUCGAUUUGGAUGGCAUUGUGUUUAGAAUGGUAGACGUCGGAGGUCAGCGAUCCGAGAGAAGAAAGUGGAUUCAUUGUUUUGAGAAUGUGACAUCAAUUAUAUUUUUGGUAGCGCUAUCAGAAUACGAUCAAAUCUUGUUCGAAUCCGAUAAUGAGAAUCGAAUGGAGGAAUCUAAAGCUUUAUUUCGUACUAUAAUUACAUACCCAUGGUUCCAAAAUUCGUCAGUUAUUCUUUUCCUGAACAAAAAGGACUUGCUGGAAGAGAAAAUAAUGUAUUCGCAUUUGGUAGACUAUUUUCCUGAAUACGAUGGUCCACAGCGAGAUGCAAUAGCGGCCCGAGAAUUCAUACUGCGAAUGUUUGUAGAUUUAAAUCCAGAUUCCGAAAAAAUUAUCUAUUCUCAUUUCACCUGUGCUACAGAUACGGAAAAUAUUAGGUUUGUGUUUGCAGCUGUUAAGGACACAAUUCUGCAAUCGAACCUUAAGGAAUACAAUUUGGUCUAAACUGGAUUUGGAUCAAAAAACUAUUUUUGUGAUUUUUAUACAAACACACAUACACAUUCAUAUAAUUCCUUUUUCGCAUAUUUACUAAAUAUAAAAGAAGAAUUGAGCAGCAAGCGAAUGUGGCCGAAAAUUAGGCAUUAAUUAGACCCGAGAAUGUAACAUCAGGAACCGAAAAUUGUAGCAUAAAUAGAAUACUAAACUGAGAUGGUAAUCCAGCAUCAACAAAAUGAUGGAAAUGAUGUAUACAUUUUAAUUUGAGAGAAUAAUAACACAAAAUCUGAUACAAGUACUAGUACAGGGUGACAAUCAAUAAUUCGGAACAAUGUUUCUCGCUUUACUCUACGCAUAUAUCGAAUCGUAGAAAAAUAAUAUAUAGGUAUUCAAAUUUUAUAAUUUUUGUCGUACAAAUUCUGUGUGCUUUUCAAACUGUUUGGGUAAAGGAAAAAAGUCAAAAAGACAGUAACCAGAAAUGAUUGGGACCCAAUGAAAAGAUUAAUUGGUUAGGUCACUAGGUUUUUCGGACUUAAAUCUGAAGGACUGUAACGUGAAUUUAACCUUUCCAAUUAAAUGCAGUUUCUUCGAGAGUUUUUAUACAAAGUACAAUUCCAAGUUAUUCGUUGUCACCCUGUAAUAUUUAAAUAAAUUUAUUACUAUAGUAACUUUUGUAAUAAAAACCGAAACAAAAAUAUGAAAGUAAAUUUAAUCAAAAGCUUGAUAGGGACAACAAACUGAAACAACUUUGUCGUACUGAAGCAUAAUAAAGCAACAUUUUACUAAAAUAA